AUGGAAAAUCUACCAUCACGUUUAGUUUGCUGCGGAAUCGUUCCAUCGGUGAGAAACGUUUUAAAUCUUUGAAUGUUUUUAUUAAGGAAAGUACGGAACAGAAACGGUAGCACACUCUAGCAUUCUAACUAAUUUGCAAGAGCGUCAAUAAUUACCGUACAGCUUUUACUAAAGUCGGAAAAGGAUACGAAUAACAAGAAUUUUUGGAAACUUCUGUAUGCUGAAGCUUUUCGUGCACUUCCUCCUCAUCUGACACUUGGAACAGGUCGGCUUCUCGUCACCGUCAAGCACCUCUUCUCGCGUGAAGUGUUCCAAACAUUGGCUCAACUUUACUGUACCACUUCUGGCCGGUAUUGGCAAGCUCAGAUCCCAGAAAGGGUCCAACGUGACCGACACGUGGUCGCAGGAGGUGCAAUGCAACGACGAACGGAUCUACGUUUCUACGGGGAACAGAGAAACUGUCAAAUAUUGCUGAUAUCGUUCUUUGUUCCAGGCACGACUACUCAUACUUCUUUAGUGGUGGCGGUGUCUAGCUUGCGGCACAAAGAGCAUAUAUGUGUCAGUUCGCCGUUACUCGGAUUAGUGGCUAGGUUAGUGAGCAAGUCGAGCUUAACACCGAUCAAACCAGCACCGCCACCGAGCAUAGGCGACAAGAGGUUACGCUUAGCUGUGUGAAAAAGCUCGGGAUCGGCAGCACGCUAACAGCGGAUUUACUUUCGAUAUUAAAUAACAUCAACGUGGAUGUAAAUGUAAUCAACUGCUUGCUCAAGGCCAUCCAUGUAAAGAAAAGCCUAAAGAACAGUCUAGAGGGACAAAGUAAUUGA